AUGGCCUUUGGGGAAAAACACGCAGAGGGAAUCUUCGUCUCAACCCCUUCACCGCACAUCCUCGCACCACGCAUCAAGGCCAUUCGUGAGGAAGCCGCCAAGCACGGCCGAGAUUCCAAAUCAGUGAAAAUAUUUGCGAUCCUCACGCCGAUCGUAGGUCGAACCGACGAAGAGGCGCAGGAAAAGUAUCGGGAAGCCCUAAAAUACGCCAGUGAGGAAGCAGGACUUGGAUUCUUUUCUGGUGGAACUGGCAUCGAUCUUAGCCGGAUUGAUCUAGACACGCCUGUUACGGCGUCGGAUGUACAUAUUGACGCCCGUGUUCAUUCCACCAUUAAUACACUCUCCUACCAGAGUUCUGACGUACCUGAAUGGACACCAAGGAAUAUCGGGAAGCAUAUCUCGAUUGGUGGGGCGGGACCUGUUCCUGUUGGUUCUGCGAGUACUGUUGCGGACUUUUUGGAAGAAUGGACACCUGGCACGUUUGAGAAUGUUGUUGAGCUGUUGGUGCCGGAACUGAGGAGGAGAGGGAUGUACGCGCCACAGGGUGAGAGUGGUACAAUGCGGGAGAGGGUGUAUGGGCCUGGGCAAAAGCGUUUGCGGGAGGACCAUGUUGGAAGGAAGUAUGGAUAUGAGGUGUAUGAUGGCCAAUAG